ACAUGUAGGAUACAUGAAAAUUUGGUCAAAUCAAUGUCCGGCGGCGCUUUCAUCUCUGUCGGCCGUCAACCAAUAAAUGUAGAGAACACUCAAGUUUUCACCAGUCGUCCAAUGACAUUUUGCGAUGGUAGAACGUCUAGUUCAGCCAUGUUGUGGUUUUAAAUGAGGAAGAAGCGGGAGAUGUUAAUAUUCAACGAAUUUAUAUGCUGUUACAUGUCGUGUUUUUCUUAUUUGUUGAAAUUAGUGUGUGGGGCACAAUGCAAACUCUGUUUUCGGUAGUGUUGGUGCGGCUUAUCGCCUUCUGGUAGAACUUAUACCAACUUUCAUAAAUUAGCCGCACGGCUAACAGCGUUAGCUAUCAAGGUAGCUAGCGUCGCGUGUUAGCUUAGAAACUUACCUGUUUCUCGCCUAACUAGGCUGACAUUUGGCUGGUUUUCUGUAAAACUUCCGCUGAUUUGUGUGGCUCGCGUUGAGCGUUGAAAAAGCCUGAGCUCACCUGUGUUAGUUGGGUGACUUGGUUUAGGUUCGCUGGGUUUGAUUGACAGGACGGGCUGAAAGCAACCAGGGUGUUUAAACGUGAAACCAACGGUCUUAUUUUAGAAGAGGUUGACGCAAUGCUGAAUAAAAUCUACGAAUGGUGAACAAGUUUUGGCAAUCUUCGCAACGGUGUGCCAGCUGCGGAGGAUGCUCCGAGAGAUGGAGCGAUGAGGAGGAAGAGACCCAACCAAUGUUUGGAAGACGGACAUAACGUCAGCCAGGAUGACAUACCCGUAAAGAAAUCUCGAAUGGGAGAUCUAAUCGAUACAGUAAAGAUUGCAGCUGAAGGGGUCAAAAACCAUAGUUCCAGUGUGGCGGCAUGGAUGAAGAACAGUGUGAGCCCUACCUUGAGAAAUAUACUCCCUCCUUCUCUACCUGGAGAACCACAGCCAUCAACAUCAGCAGCAACCUGGGCAGGGAGGCAGAUUGUUGAGAAGAACUCUAUGGAUGAAAUGUUUGCUGCUCCCUCGACGACUUUGGAGUGGAAAACAUCUAAAUCGGAACUGCUCCGAAAUGAGAAGUCCAUAAUAGGGUCAAAAGUCUGUCGGCGACAAGCGUGUUUAAGUCUAGCACAUCGUGAAGUAUCAAAAACCAAUGGACACUCUGUUAACUUGCCAGCCUCCUUCACACAGCCUCCCAAACUGCUUCCCUUUCCACGAUUAGGCAGGCCCCUAAAUCUCCGACUGCACGGAACAUCUGCAUCAAGUGGAGGGGACUCAACAAGCAGUUCCUGCACAAGCAUGUAUGAAAAGACAUUUCCCAUCAAAAUGGUGCAGAGCCCAACACACAGCACAUCAUCAGGUCGAAUACAUAGGACCAGGCCUCACUGCACAGCACAGGAGUCUGUUCGUGAGGAAGAGAAGGAGGUCUACAGGCAACUUCUGACCAUGGUCUCUGGUGGUCAGUCAUCUUUUCUACACAACGGCAGCUCACAUGGCAUUGUGAGGUCACACAGGGAUUUCACCAGCUUCCUCAGCACCAGCCGCGACUGCUGCAAUUCUCGUCCCUUGGCGGAUCAGCAGGGGGAACAUCUGAGGGACCCCAGCAGCCCUCCCAGUCCACGGGAAUUUUCAAGCCAGAGUUCCAGCAACAUUCCUAGCCCAAUGGGGGCCUGUAGCAGAUCAGGGAACCAGAUGUGGUCUUUGGACACAGAACUUGUGUCCAGUAGAACAGAUGCCAUCAUGUCAGCCCCUUCACCAUCCACUCUGCAAGAUGCCUCUUCUCAGGACACUCAGUCAUCAGCUCAUGAUGGCGAAUCUGUAAUAUUUGUGAAGGAGCAAAAGGGUAAAAAACAAGACAUCUCAAGCGUGCCAUAUUUCCAAGCUGAAUUAUGGAUCAGAGAAUUGAGUAGUAUGUAUGACUCUCGAGCACGAGAAAAGAAGGAGACAAAUAGAAGGCAGGAGAUCUUGGCUGCACAACUGCGAGGGCAGCGUUUGUCUGAAGAAGGGCAACAUAGGCCAGAAGUGGAGGUCCGUGUUCGUGUUCCUUUGGAGAAAGAAGUUCCUUUGACACUUGUCAUAGAAGAACCAAAACCUUUGGAAGAAAAACCAGAAUUUCCUGCACUCACAGAGUUGAUGGAGGCUGAGGUGAACCGGGCGAGAGGAGAUGAUCCUGAUGAAGUGUUAAGUGAAGGUUUUGCCAAAAACUUACACGAAAGGACAUUACAGACUCUCAGCCAUCUCAACUGGCUUAAUGAUGAGGUGAUCAACUUUUACAUGAACCUGCUGGUGGAGCGCAGUAAGGACUCCAGUCUGCCAUCCGUGAAUACAUUCAACACUUUUUUCUACCCCAAGCUGCGCAGCAGUGGCUAUUCUGCUGUCCGUCGCUGGACCAAAAAAAUGGACAUCUUUUCUUUGGAUAUCCUGCUGGUUCCCGUCCACUCAGGGGUGCAUUGGUGUCUCUCUGUGGUGGAUUUCCGCAAAAAGACUAUAAUGUACUUUGACUCUAUGGGAGGCAGUGAUGAUGGUCUCUGCAGGUUAUUGCUUGAGUACCUACAACAGGAAAGUAAGGACAAGAAGAACAAAGAACUGGAUACCUCAGGAUGGACUCUGCAUAUCAAAAGGCGCAACGAAAUCCCACAGCAAAUGAAUGGGAGUGACUGUGGAAUGUUCACGUGCAAGUACGCAGACUACAUUACCAAAGACAAGCCAAUCACAUUCACGCAGAAACACAUGCCGUACUUCAGAAGAAGAAUGGUUUGGGAGAUUGUGAACCACAAACUGUUGUGAUGUCAGCAUGGAGGAUCACAAAGCCACACCUUACACACCGCAGCAAACGUUCGUUCCCCAGGACCUCACGGUCUUGCUGUGGAAAAGACCUACAC